AUUAGAGCUGAUAACGGCCUCUUUGUGGUUAAACCAACAGCCGGGCCACCUGGGCAUCAGAUGGCCCAAAGAGCCCCGGGACCAGACUCAAAAGACCGGUGCUUCGUGUGAUCCCGUUUCUCUUUGUAGAAUUAGUGCCCGACUGCAAGGAACUCUUAAUGAUGUGCCGGCCUUAUCCUCUUACCUAACUAUAGGGCAGUUGCCUACUGCUGGGGCAUUUAAUGGCUGCUGACUCUUCACAUAGAUACGCGCUACUAGUUUCAUAUAUGACCAAGAAAAAAGCUUUUGUUAAUUCUGGUCCAAGUUAACGUUUUGACCUCUUUCCUGGUCGGGAAUUAAUAACUUCUAACUUGAUUGGUCUUGUUAGUGUAUGUCCUAGAGGUACUGGCACUUUGUAGCUUCUCUGUUCCAGUGUAUUCUCCUGAUGUCUUGUGGACCUCUCUCAUGGCUGAAUCCUCCUACUUCUUCUUCUAACUCCUUCUCUCCUGGCUGGCAGGAAGUUCAGCCCUAUUCUCUUCCCUGCUCAUCAAUUGGCUUCAAAGAAAAAAGGACUGAGUGCAGAAGAAAAGAGAACCCGUAUGAUGGAGAUAUUUUUUGAGACAAAAGAUGUAUUCCAACUAAAAGACCUGGAGAAGCUUGCUCCCAGAGAGAAAGGCAUCACUGCUAUGUCGGUGAAAGAAGUCCUCCAAAGCUUGGUAGACGAUGGGAUGGUUGACUGUGAGAGGAUUGGAACUUCGAACUACUAUUGGGCUUUUCCGAGCAAAGCUCUUCACGCCCGGAAGCGCAAGCUGGAGGUGCUGGACUCUCAGCUGUUGGAGGGGAACCAGAAGCAUGCAAACUUACAGAAGAGCAUUGAGAAAGCUAGAAUUGGCCGGCAAGAAUCAGAAGAACGAGCCACACUUGCAAAAGAACUUUCUUCAUUUCGGGACCAAAGGGAACAGCUUAAGGCAGAAGUGGAAAAAUACAGAGAAUGUGACCCGCAAGUUGUGGAAGAGAUACGUCAAGCAAAUAAAGUAGCCAGAGAAGCGGCCAAUCGGUGGACUGAUAACAUAUUUGCAAUAAAAUCCUGGGCCAAAAGAAAAUUUGGGUUUGAAGAAAAUAAAAUUGAUAAAAACUUUGGAAUUCCAGAAGACUUCGACUACAUAGACUAAACUGUUCGGUUGGUGAUAAAGGCUCUGUACACUUACGAAUCUGUCAGAUUUUAAACAUCUAACUAAUGGCACUGAAUUUUCAUCUAUCUGUUAAUUGUUUAUGUUUUACAAUUUUAAAUAAAUUACAAAAUAAAGAUGGUCUUUGCCCCCUU